CCGAAAGGAAGCAGGAGGCAUUGGGCAAUCGAAAAGCUCGUGGCUUUUUGCGUCUCGCCCGCUUGGUUCUCGCUUUGGUCGAGUGCUCUGCGCCAUGGUAGGAGGGGAGAGCCAGAAGAAGAGGGUGGUGGUGGUGGGAGGAGGGGUGGGCGGCGCUUUUCUCGCUAAGAAAAUGCAGUUCGACGCCGAUGUAGUACUUAUCGAUCCGAAGGAAUAUUUUGAGAUCCCUUGGGCAUGCCUAAGAUCAAUGGUGGAGCCGUCAUUUGCUGAAAGAGCACUGAUCAAGCACACUGACUACUUUACCAAUGGUAGAGUUGUUACAUCCCAUGCCAUCGGUAUCACUGAGUCAGAGGUGCUUACUGAAGAUGGCCAGACAAUUAAAUAUGACUAUCUUGCCUUGGCUACUGGCCAUGCAGAUCCCACACCAAGAAGCAGGAAGGACAGGCUAGAGCAAUUUCGGCAAGAAAACGAUAAGAUAAAAUCAUCCAGCUCUGUCCUAAUCAUUGGAGGUGGACGAAUGGGUGUGGAACUUGCUGGAGAGAUUGCAGCUGACUACCCUGAGAAGAAUGUGACUCUGAUCCAUGAUGGACCAAGGUUGCUGGAAUACAUAGGACCAAAAGCUUCAAAUAAGGCACUAAAAUGGUUGAAAUCGAAGAGAGUCGAAGUGCUUUUGGAGCAGUCAGUCGAUCUAGACUCCAUAACAGAAGGAGAAAGAGUGUUUACAACAUCUGCAGGAAAAUCUAUUACAGCUGAUUGCCUCUUUGUUUGUGUGGGUAGUAGACCACUGGGUUCAACAUGGCUCCAAGAGACUUUCCUGAAAGAGAGCUUGGACAAGUCUGGAAGAUUGAUGGUGGACGAGACAUUGAGAGUCAAAGGACGAAGUAAUAUUUUUGCCAUUGGAGACAUCACUGAUAUUCGUGAAAUCAAACUAGGUUACCUAGCACAGAAGCAUGCAGCAGUGGUGGCCAAGAACUUGAAGCUGUUAAUGGAGGGAGGUAGAGAAAGCAAACUGGCCACCUACAAGGCUGCUUCAACCAUGGUGGUAGUCGCCUUGGGAAGGAAGCAGGCGGUGGCUCAGUUACCAUUUAUGACAAUCGGCGGGAGGCUACCUGGCAUGUUCAAAUCCAAGGACUUGUUCGUCGGAUGGAUGAGGAAAGGGAUAGGACUCGACCCUCGUGCCGUCUAACAAAAUAAUUCUGCUUGUGGAACUGAGCGGUUUUUCAAUGUUGUAUGUCUUCUGUGACAGUGUCAUGAUUUGCUGUAAUAUUGUGUGAACGUACCGCAUUUUGCUCUCCUUUUUUCCUGGUCCUGGACAAAAACAGAAUAGACGUGUGCAUUAAUUUAGUUUAUGAUAUGGUAUGACCAUAACAAUUCGAGGAAAACUCGUCCAUACCUGGAUGUUGAUAAUUUGUAUGCGAGCCCAGCCGUCUGAUCAGAAGUUUUACUUGAAGUUGGAA